AUGAACAAUUCUGAGUCUCUACGUCAUUUUCUAAACCGCGAGUGUCCGCGGUGGGAUCUGAGGAACAACAUCCCGCUCGUAAACGACCGUUUGGCUUCUUUCGGAAAUCUAUCGGUCUCCUUUUUACAUCGUCCGCAGCGUGACCCAAUUCUUGGGAGAAUUGUGAUUGAACGCUUCAAUGCGAUGGACGCCUACUUCUGGUAUCGUCGAUGCAAGAAGUGGAUGUCAAUCGAGGAUUACUUCCUUGUGCAUUAUGGUUACGAUGUCCGAUACCCCAAGGGCUACGUAUGCCGUUUGCUGCCGGCCGAGUACAAGGAGGCCGACUGCGAAGUCGGCUCUGAUAAUCUCUUCCCCCUGGAGGUCUUGUUAAUCAACCAUUAA